UCAUCUUUGAUAGUUAUGUGGACAAAUCGAAUACUGUCAACGUCUGCUCUGACGAAGAACAUGAAAAUGGUUUUGUCGCAGAGGCAGCGCGAGGAACUGAACCAAGCGAUUGCCGAUUAUUUAGGCAGUAGUGGAUAUUCUGAGUCCUUGGAUGUAUUCCGCAAAGAAGCCGACGUUUCUACAGAAAAUGAAAAGAAAGUCAGUGGACUCUUAGAAAAAAAAUGGACUUCAGUUAUUCGGUUGCAAAAAAAGGUUAUGGAGUUGGAAGCGAAAUUAUCAGAAGCUGAGAAGGAGGUCAUUGAGGGCGCUCCUACUAAAGCAAAACGAAGCCCCGGUGAAUGGAUUCCACGUCCUCCGGAAAAAUUUUCUUUAACUGGACAUCGUGCUAGCAUUACACGGGUGGCAUUUCACCCAAUUUUUGGUUUGAUGGUUUCAUCAUCAGAGGACGCUACUAUAAAAAUUUGGGACUUCGAAACUGGAGAAUAUGAACGUACUUUAAAAGGUCAUACCGAUUCUGUUCAAGACGUAGCAUUUGACGCCCAAGGAAAGCUUUUAGUAUCAUGCAGCGCUGAUUUAUCCAUUAAAUUAUGGGAUUUUCAACAAAGUUACGAAUGCGUAAAAACAAUGCAUGGUCAUGACCAUAAUGUUUCGUCUGUGGCGUUUGUGCCGGCUGGAGAUUACGUAAUUUCAGCAUCACGAGAUAAAACCAUAAAGAUGUGGGAAGUGGCCACAGGAUACUGUGUAAAAACAUAUUCUGGCCAUAGAGAAUGGGUGCGUAUGGUUCGUGUGCACCUGGAUGGAAGUAUAUUUGCUUCUUGUUCAAAUGAUCACUCUAUUCGUAUUUGGCAAACGAGUACAAAGGAUUGCAAGGCCGAACUUCGAGAUCACGAUCAUACAGUUGAAUGUAUAGCUUGGGCACCGGAUAUAUCCACAACUGCUAUAAAUGAAGGUACUGGCGUUGAUAAUAAAAAAGGGCACCAUCAAGGACCAUUUUUGGCAUCGGGAUCUCGAGACAAAACCAUAAAAAUACGCCGCAUGAAUGGAUUUCUAGCACAAAACUACUAA